AUGGAGCCUGGGCUCCUCACUGUCGUCCUGGGCAUUGUCAUGGUGCAGGUGCACACAGCCUCCCAGGACCUGGACCUGCAGAAGAUCGCAGGAUUCUGGUGGGAAGUUGGGGUGGCCUCCAGCCAACACCUGGCACUGAAGACCCCAAAGAGGCUGGAAGCCUUGUUCCUGACCCUGAGUGGACGUGAGCUGACUGUGAAGGUUGCGUAUAACAGCUCAGGAAGUUGUGAGACAGAAAAAAUAGUGGGCUCAGAAAUAGACGUUUCAGGGACGUUUGUUUUUCCCGGCCACAGGGAGAUCCACAUGAUAGACACGGACUAUGAGCAGUAUGCCAUUUUGAGGCUGUCCCUCCGCUGGCAAGGCAAGGACUACCAUGUGCUCAAGUACUUCACUCGGAGCCUGGAGGAUGAAUGUGGACCAGGCUUCCGGAGGUUCCGGGACUUGACUGCAGACAUGGGGCUCUACCUGGUGGCCCGGCACGGGAGAUGCGCCGAGCUCCUGAAGGAGGUGAGCCUCGCCCCGGGCUGCGCUGGGCCCCCCGCCAAGCUGGGUCUCCCAUCCCGACAGGGGCCCCAAAUCACUCUGGAUCCUGGGCCUCCAGGCCGGUCUCCCGGGUGUGGCCCCGAGCCGACUGUCGACAGCCGCAUCGCAAACCGCGCUUUCCCGGCCAAGCCCCGGGUGUCCUACCGCGCCUGCCGUCCCAGGCGCUUCCUCACGGGCUGCGUGACAAAGCACCAGACCCUUAAACACCAGCGGUACAGGCUCUCCCAGAUCUGGAGGCUGGAGUCUGAGGCCAGGCUCACGCGAGGACCUCCCAAGGCCUCUCUCCUCGGCGUGUAG